AGUUUGUGAAACGGAGUGGAAUAGCGGAGCUGUGUGGUCGCAGCAGUGGCGUUAUUUGUUACAAUCGACAACAGUUUUACGCUUUUCACCGAUAAUAUAACUGAAAUCAAUGUCUAAAAUUGCACGCCCAACAUUCUAAUCUCACUACGAAUAGAAAAUGAAGCUCUGGCUAGUGAUAAUCCACAUAAUUCUGGUCGCGACGAACCUGUGGGCGACGGCUCAUUUCCAUGAGGAAUUAUCUGAAGACAACGAGUUCGCGGAGUUCGAAGACCUCGACGAGGAGAAGCCAUCGCAACCGGUGAGCAACGAGCACCGCAGCAACGAGCACCGUAGCAACGAGAAGUUCAAAGAGACCGUGAGCGACCAAGACUUCGACGAAGAGGACGAUGUAUUAAUAGUCGACGGGGAUAGCGAAUUCGACCAUUUCCAAGAUGAAGAAGAAUUCGAGGGACUGGACGCUGCUGGAGGCAACGCAAACUCGAAACCCGACGAGCCCUCCACAUUGACUAUAACCAAGAUCCCUUUACAUCUGCAUGCCAGAUGGGACAGUUUCUACGUCGAGAUACUGAUGAUAAUCGGUCUUCUAGUGUAUUUUAUUAACUACGUCGCUGGGCGAGCAAAGAACGCGCGCAUAGCCGAGAUGUGGCUAAUGGAACACAAACAAUUGUUAUUAGACAAUUUCUCCUUGGUCGGCGAUACUGGAAAGUCGAACGAGGACGUGACAGAAAAUGGUUUAGUGAAGGAGAGCCAGUCGCAUUAUAGUUUAUACUGCUCCGGUAGAGUUGGCUGUGAUUCCAUGUUAAUAGAACUGAAGCUGAUCAAGAGACAAGAUUUGGUAGCCGUCCUGGCUCAGCUCGUCAGGCCGCAGAACGAUCAGGCACAUGUUCGUGUCGAUUUAUCGAAGGAUGAGACCGACAAUUUUGUCCUCGCGGUAGCGACGAAGAGGACUGCCGUGCACUUAGUCAGAGAUAUGGCUGACAUCAGCGUUUACUGUCCUGAGAAGAGACCCGGCGAGAAGUUCGGUCUUCCUUCCGGUUUCUACGUGAUGACUGAAAUCCCAGAGGCUGCCUCGGCGAUUUUCGACACGCGAGUACUGCAGGCUUUCACGAAGUUCGCUCAGUAUAUCGAUUAUAUACACAUCAGCGAUCAGUACAGCGGUCCAAAGCAACAAGAAGAUACGACUCAGUUAACGAUGCCCGAAGUGAAAAGGGUUUUACUUGUGGGAUUAAAUAUUAGCAUCAAGGGUCGAACUACUAACGCCGAGAGCCAAGAAAAAUUAAAAUUUCUGCUGCAAUUAACAUUUUACCUGUUGGAUAAAUUGCGUCGCUUUAAAUUAUCAAAAGAGGGUAAAAGUAAAGCAGAUAAGAAUAGACUGAGGGUGGAGGAGGCGUUUUUAAAAACUACGCAUGCUGCCAGAGCGGAGGCAGCCGCGCAAAGACGGGAGGAACGUCGUCGGGCCGAGAAGGAGCGGAUUUUACAAGAAGAAGAUCCCGACAAACAGAGAAAAUGGGAGGAAAAGGAGCAGAGAAGAUUAGCAAAGAAACGGGCGCCUAGGAUGAAACAGUUAAAGGUGAAAGCGAUGUGAUCGUAUAAAUUACUUAAUCACGACGAGAAAUUCUUGAGAACCACUGCGGAGACAGCUGAUAAUCAUCGAAGUGAGUUUUUAAAAGAUAGAACUGCCCUUAAUUAAUCGAAACUUAAUUUAAUCACAGUCUAUUAAGCAAUACAUUUUCGGAAGAUGAUCGUCGGUUGAAACCAUUAACUUUAAUUGUCAAUUAAGGUGUAGAUAACUAUGGGAAUACUUAAGAACCUCUCGUAAUAUGAAAAAUGAUGCAUUACCUCUAUCUCGUUUUUUUUAUUUGAAGUUCAAAGUAUAUGAUU